CUUCUUUAACCGAAUGGGUGAACAAUGUUAAAGGGAAUUCUCGGAAGAAAAUAUGUCGAACUAAUUAGUGGAAAAAUAGUCUUAGGAAAAUAGUGGGUAAGUUAAAAGAGGCAGAGAAGAGCGAGAGCGAGAGAUCAUCGAAUCUGCUGUCCCACGGGGAAUCAAACGAAUAAGAGAACGUUGGCGGCAGAGAGCCGGCACUGUACGAUAAUGCUUCCACGGCUCCAGUCCAGUCCAGUCUCCCCGCUCCCGCGGCGAAGAAGAUCAGUGUGGUAUAAGAAUUAGUUGCUAAGCAUACGCACCGAUAAGAUAUGUUUGGUGGGCGAUGAAAUUCUCAGAAUUGCGGACAUCGGCAAUAAGCCAGCCGCGUGUACUCUUUUCCCUUUCCCACACUGUUACAAAAUUGAUGCCAACACCGGCGUAUACUUGAUAGACGCUUUUUUUUUUGUGUACAAUCGAUGGUGUCAGUAUGGUGAAGAAGGGCAUUGUCGAUUGUGUAAGUAGAUUAAACUCAUAAUUCGUGAUGGUGACAACUGCUUCUAACAACUCUCGUGGCUUAAAAUUGUGUAUAAAAGCAAACAUUUCCUCGGCAGACAAAAAAAAAACACCCUUUCACUCACUGCUUUUCUUUAACCGAAACAUGUGAACGGUUUUCGUGUUUAGUAUUUAAGAAAAUCGCCUUUCUCGCUCAUUCUCUCUCGCUUCUUUUCGCUGGCUCUUUCUCAUCAUGUAGUGAUUUAGUUUUCUUGCUAAUUUAUUAGACUCGGAGGGACGACACGCGCGGGAAAAGGAAGAGAUUUAAUUGUUAAACGGUAAAUGAAGCUGUACGAAUGUGAUUUUGCGAAGGUCGGUGAACAAAAACUAUUAAAGUAUAUGAAGAAAACUAUGUAUAACAAACAUGCGUACGCAAUCAAUGUUAGCGACAACUCUUAUCUGAUCACAUCUAAUCAGUGCAAUCGAACAUGAUGACAAAUUGUUCUGUUUACAGGGAACACCGGGCACCGAAGGAAUCUGAAGAACAUGUUUAAAUAACCCCGUUCCAUGAAGCGGAUCGAUGCCGUCGUAGAUUACCUUUAUCAUGAAAUUUGGCGGAUUAGCGCCUACACCCCACCACAUAGUAGCCGCGUGGCCUGAAAAUAAUAGUAGUAGCCUCGUAUCAUUUUAUUCCCUUCGUUAGUUAUCUUUUACGCACGAUAAGUUAACUUUAUGGUCAAACCGGUACCAAUUUCGUUUGAAAAUGGUUGAUCUCGCGGAAUGGGAAGCAUCUUUUCAUUAUGUAGUUUGCGUUGCGCCACCACGGUGAACGGUGGGUUUUCGGUGUCGGUGCCUGGUUCGGUCUAGAAGGGGAUAUACAAUGUCGCGUGUGCCAGUCAGUAGCUCCUAUUCCCGUCCAAGAUCGGGACUGGCCGAUGCUGUGGUUGACGACGUACGGCCGGAAUCGCUCGCAAGCUUAGGUUCGCUGGCCCCGUCUCUCAGCCAAUACGCGCUGGGAAAUAGUGCUGGAGCCGUCGGUGCAGUGGCCGGUGGAGAAUCAUCGAUGGCACGCGGCGCUGUCGAUGGGCUCACGGCAACCCCGGUCGGUCAGCUGGGCGUGACGGCUUUUACGGAGGGCAUUUACACGGAAGGAGGCCACAUUAACCCGGCAUUCGGCGAGGCUAUGACGAACAGUGCUGGCCAGAUGAUGACGGAGCUGGUCGGGGAGGAAACGAUGGACAAGAUGGAAAGGAUGGAGCAGAAAAUGGCACGCGCCGUGGAUAAGGUUACCGAUGUGGAGGUUUCGGCCGCCGAGAUGGCGAUGGUGGCCGGUGUGAUGGACUAUCUGCCCGAGGGCGAGGAAGAACCCGCGGUCCCCGAGGACGUACCGGAUGCUGGGGAGACGCCGGACCUGUUUACCACGCCGCUGGAGGAGCCGGUAGAGGCGGACGUGGCCGUGCCGGACAUGCAGGAGCUGAACGUGGGAGAGCUGGGACGGAUGGGCGGACCGACGGAUGAAUACAUUCCACAGAUGGAGGACGCUGGUGAUGCCGAUCCAGAUGGUUGUUGUUGCUGCUGCUGCGGCGAGGACGGUGGCGAUGAUCUGUGCGGCUUUGGCGAUCUGUGCGACUGCGGCUGCGGCACCUGCUGUGGUUGCGGCGGACUGCUGGGCUGCGGUGACUGUGGGGACUGUUUCGGCUGUGGCGAUUGUAUCGGGUGCGCCGACUGUGGCGACUGCUGCUCGUUCGACUGCUCCAUAAUGUGAGCCUAAGGCCUGGUUACUACUCGAAGGAGAGAGAGAGAGAAUGGAGCGAAACUAGUGCAAUCGUUACACCCGUCCGUUUCUAACUCAUAGCUCUGUAUGUGUGUAAGAGAGAGUUAGUCUGUAUGUGUGUGUGUGUGUGAGAGAGAGAGAGGUAGAUGGAACGAUGCGUGUGUGGUGCUAAGGCCUACUGCGUGUUCUAUUGCUGCUAAAGUGUAAAAGUGCAGCAAAAUAGAAUGUCCAGUGUCAUACUACCCACGUGAGAAUAAGAGGCGAAAGAACUCCGCAGGAGCCAAAGCCUCUCUAAACAAUACUAACAACAACAACUACCAACGUGAGCAGAUUAGCCUAGCGGGGGCUAUUUUAGUGUAUCAUAUUGAGCUGAACUUAGGAUAACAAAUUAUCGAGUUUUCCAUUUCUCACCGAGCAUAUGAGAUAGGGACUCGAGCGUGUGUAUUGAUCCUCUGCUCAGGUGUGAGGAGAGUUUCGCCUCUUAACUGUAAUCCACGUGUGCCACAAAAUAUCUCCUCUAGCUAGGGUUUCCCUCUUUCUUAAUAUAGGCUAAAGGGAUGGUAGAGCGUUGUUUUGUUUUAUUAUGUGUACAAUUUAACGUUAGAAUAGAGAGUUUAAUACCAAUUGCUAGCCAAGCUGAGCCUUCCUACCCGUUUGUGUUCAGCAUUUUUCGUGAGCUUAUAUGAUAAAUGAUAAACGAACUUAUGUACGAGCGUGUGUGCUACUCGCACAAAAGUAGAAAUAAGAUAAAUUUUACAUUUUGUA